AUGGGAAGUGAAAAAUCUAACAGCAAUUCUACAUUUAGCAAACAUAGUAAUUCCUUUCGAGUGCCAACUCAGUCUGACUUGGAUCUAUUAUUUUUCACUAACAGCAGGACUUGCUUUGAAAACUCGGAUGAAAAGUUGGAAGAAAAAAUGAGAGACAUGGCAGGUCAAAAGCCUUUACCUUGUCAGAGAGACGCACCAAGUUCUGCCCUGAAAUCCAGAAGAAAAUUGGCAGCUAAUUUUGAUAAUGGAAGAAAUAAUGAAGAGAAAAAAAAGAUGUCAGAUUCAGGUAAAGGUUUGCCAGAUUUGGACACAAAUACCAGUGAGGAGAAUGGAAGUCCAUACACUAUGAAUGAAAGAUUUCUCAAGAGUUUUAAAAAUAUAGAGCCUAUUGGUGAAGGUGGUUUUGGGAAUGUUUUCAAAGCAACAGCAAAGCUUGAUGAGAGAACCUAUGCAGUCAAACGAGUUCAAUUCACAAAGAAUGUAGAGCGUGAAGUAAAAGAGCUUGCAAGACUCGAGCAUGAAAACAUAGUGCGGUAUUAUUGUAGCUGGGACGGAUACGACUAUGUAACUUAUCCAGACUCAAGGCAGAAGUCGGACAAAGAAAUUAUCUGUCUUUUCAUCCAAAUGGAAUUAUGUGAACAAGGGCCAUUGGAAAACUGGAUUGAAAAAAAUAGACGAGACAGAAAGUAUCAUGAGAUGGCACAAAACAAAUGUUUACAAUUACUGAAAGGAGUGCAAUAUAUUCAUUCUGAAGGGUUAAUUCAUCGAGACCUCAAGCCUCAGAAUAUAUUCAUAUCACGUGAAGAUAAAAUAAAAAUAGGUGACUUUGGUCUUGUGACUUCUCUGGAGUAUGGGACUCUGACUGAGAACAGAGGAACAAAAUCAUAUAUGGCACCAGAACAGUCUGGGGACAAAUAUGGAAAAGAAGUAGAUAUUUAUGCACUUGGAUUAAUUUGGUUUGAAAUUCUUUCGGCAUGCAGUCAUCAUGAGAAAAUGAAGGUAUGGCCUGAUGUUAGAGAAGGUCGACUUCCACAGAGCUUCACCAACCAAUUUCCAGCAGAGGCACCCAUAAUCAAAAAGAUGCUUUCAAGAGACUCUUCAGGAAGAUACUCUGCAUCUGAAAUACUUACGCUUUUUAAGUCCGUUGAUAAAGGCAACUCACUUAAAACCCAUACUCAGUAA